CAACAAGUAUUUGCAUGCUUUUUAACAAAAAAAGAAAAAAAAUAUUUGAUCUCCUAGCUCUCGAACCCCACCUAAAUCGUGACGGCGGUGAGAUCUGAGAUUGGAAUCGGCUACUCGGAACAACAAAGGGAAAGGGGCGGUUGCUUGUUUUGGCGAAGAUUCAGAUAAUUUCUCGCCGUAGGGAGCAGGCCGGACAUCUGUAUCACGCGAAAUCCAUCCAAUUUUUCCUCCACCGAAAACGGAGGGGGCGGUUCGGUUCAGCCGGAGAGAAGGAAUUCAACCAGUCCGACGACUCGGUGAAGGAUCACAAUAGGAGAGAUAACAAAAGAAAGGCCGGGGGCAAUGGGCGCGAUAAAAGCAGCCGUGGGCGAUGCCGUGAUCACGUUCCUGUGGAUGUUCUGCGUGUCCACCGUGGGCGCCCUCACCGGCGUCAUCGCGUCGGCCCUCCAAGUCCAGGGCGUCGCCUACUCCCUCCUCAUCACCACCACCCUCAUUUUCCUCCUCCUCCUCGUUUUCAAUCCCAUCUGCGAUGCCAUCGGCGGCGCCAGUUUUAACCCCACCGCGACGGCCGCCUUCUACGCUGCCGGCUUUGGGGAGGACAACCUUGUCUCCAUGGCUUUCCGCUUCCCAGCCCAGGCGGCAGGGGCAGUGGGUGGUGUGUUGGCUAUCGCCGAGUUGAUGCCUCCUCAUUACAAGCACACGCUGAGCGGGCCUUCUUUGAAAGUGGACCUGCACACAGGGGCAGCCGCGGAAGGGGUCCUCACCUUUUGCAUCACCUUGGCUGUCCUCUGGAUAGUGAUCAAGGGUCCCAGCAGAGCAAUUGUGAAGAAUUGGUUGCUCGCUGUAACAACUGUGGCAUUCGUUCUUGCAGGUGCUGGUUACACAGGGCCAUCCAUGAACCCCGCCAAU